GACUUGGCUGAUUCUUUCUUCAUUGUGGAAUCUGGAGAAGUAAGGAUUAUAAUGACAAGGAAGGGUAAACAAGACCUAGAAGAGAAUGGAGCAGUUGAAAUAGCUCGAUGCUCAAGAGGACAGUAUUUUGGAGAACUUGCUCUUGUAACUAACAAACCACGAGCUGCUUCUGCAUUUGCUCUGGGCACUGUCAAAUGUUUAGUUAUGGAUGUGCAGGCAUUUGAAAGGCUUUUGGGACCUUGUAUGGAAAUUCUGAAAAGAAACAUUGCAAACUAUGAAGAGCAGCUAGUUGCUCUGUUUGGAACAAACAUGGACAUUGCCGAUACCAGUGCAUGAACUAAACGUUGGAGCAACAAGAUCUGUUAUGAGAAUAUAGCACAGUAGUGGUUAGUCCACUGAGAAAUUGUCUCUCUUCCUAUAGAUGCCAAGCAUUUUCUGUGAUUUUAAGAGUGGGGUUGGGUUUUUUUUGGUUUAAUUUCAUUUUGGUUGGAAUUUUUUUUUUUUUUGGUUUGGUUUUGUUUGGUUUGGGUUUUUGGUUUUUUUACUUAUUACAGUGGACAUACUAGUAAAAAAAUAGAAACUCAAUAAAUUGUGGGCUUGGUUUUCAGAAGUGCUUAGAAGUGAUGGUUCCAUCUGGCAUGAAGAGGACCUGUAGUAGGACAGCAUCUUUGAAAAUCAAGUCCUUAAACACAGCAUUUCCUUAAAGAAUAGAUUUUGAAUCAAACAAACACAUGCAAUGUACUUGUUAAACAAGCUUCUGUUCUUCAAAGAGGUUACAACUUCUCUGGAAAGACUGUUAGUUUGAAUGUGAUAUGUUGAAAGUAUU